AGCUGCCUGAGCUUCGUCAAGCUCCAGCCUUUCCCUCAGCAACCGACCACCUGCUGCCGCCUUCCCACCGACGACGCAUCAAACGAACCCCGCCGAAUUUUGACUCGAACCUCUCAACCCCAAACAACAGACACCCGAUUUAAAUCAACCGACGAUAUUCGCACGCAAGCCAAAAUGGAGUUCACCACCACCGGAAUGUUGAACGAAGGUACGGGCGCUGUUGAUGGCAUUCACCUUGACAUGGAGAGAUUAAAGAAGGGCGAGGUUAACCUCGGAACCUCGAUUAUGGCAGUCACAUUCAAGGACGGUGUUAUUCUCGGUGCCGACUCCAGGACAACGACGGGCGCCUACAUUGCCAACCGUGUCACCGACAAGCUCACACAAGUCCACGACACCAUCUGGUGCUGCCGGUCAGGCUCCGCGGCCGACACUCAGGCCGUCGCCGACAUUGUCCAGUACCAGCUGGGCCUGUACGCCAUGCGCAACGGAAAGCCUCCAAUGACACAAACCGCCGCUGCCAUCUUCCAAGAGGUCUGCUAUGCUAACAAGGACCGCCUGACCGCUGGCCUCAUCAUUGCCGGCUGGGACGAGCGACACGGCGGCCAGGUCUACUCGAUCCCCCUCGGUGGCUCCCUACACAAGCAGUCGUACGCCAUCGGCGGCUCGGGCUCGACCUACAUCUACGGAUACUGCGACGAGCACUGGAAGGAGGGUAUGGAGGAGCAGGACGCGGUCGACUUCGUUAAGGGGUCGCUCAAGGAGGCCAUCAAGUGGGACGGCAGCUCCGGCGGUGUCAUCCGCAUGGUCGUCCUGACCGCCAAGGGCGCCCAGAGGCAUCUGUAUCUCCCCGACGAGGACUACACGGUGAAGCACUAGAGUGUGUGCGUUUCUUGUGCGAGGGAGAAGAUAACGCCGGGAACGGUUGCUUGAGGAGAAAGCAAAUGAGCUGCUGAUUUGCUGAAAUGGCUCGCCGUCCGAGGGGGCGAGUGAUACAUCACACAGGCUGGCCGCCAUGAGUUACGAACGAGCCUCGGAGGGCAUUCAUGCCGAGGCGACGACACACUCCAAACUUGGCGGACGAAACAAUGAAUGUACAAUAAAAUAGAUUA